AUGGAGUAUUCACCAGUUCAAGUCAGAAAUACCAGUGGGAUCACGCAUGGUUUCAAUGAUUUUACUUCUGACAACUCACCAAAACAUUCUUUACAUAAUCCUACAAAUUACCAAAGUACUCAUAGCACACCCUCACACGAUCAAGAAUCAGCUGUUUCCGAUUGCGAAAGUUUUAGUUCGGGUGUCAGUUCUAGUCAAUUCCCAUCAUUCAAUGAUGGGUUGAUUCGACUUUUCGAAGGUUAUAGAGUUCAUGAUCUAAUUAAGCGAAGAUUCAUUUAUGGUUUGGGUUUGCUUGGCAAGCAAGCAACAGUUGUUGACAUUCAUAGGAACUCUUACUCUGGUGUUUUGGAGCAAGCUAGGAUGCAAUCCUUUCAGAUUAUUGCGAAAGCAACGGAGAAGAAGAGUGGCGGCGAUGCGAACGUUAAGUUUGGUUGGUAUGGUGGUACAAGAGAUGAGAUAUGUGAGAUUAUGAAGCACGGUUUUAGUGCACGAAUGGUUGCUAACAGUAAUGGAUUAUAUGGUUCUGGCAUUUAUCUUUCUCCAGAUGAUUCUCCCAUUGAAUGUGUGAAGAAAUUGAAUGUUGAUAAGGAUGGUCUGCGGCAUUUGUUGCUUUGCCGUAUUAUUCUGGGGAAGUCAGAGGUUGUGCACCCGGGUUCUGAUCAGUAUCAUCCGAGUUCUGAGGAGUUCGAUUCAGGAAUUGACAAUUUGUCAUCUCCUAAGAAGUAUAUUGUGUGGAGUACCCAUAUGAACACUCAUAUUUUGCCAGAGUAUGUGAUAAGUUUCAGGGCUCCUCCUUGUUUGAAAGGGUACUCCAGAAUUCCAGAAUCCUUGAGGAUGCCAACUUCACCUUGGAUGCCGUUUCCUGCUCUUAUUUCUGCACUCUCAAAGUUCUUGCCUCCUACUACUACCAAGUUGAUUAUCAAGCAUUAUAGAGAUCACAGAGCAAAGAAGAUUUCUAGACAAGAACUAAUACAGCAAGUGAGAAAGAUUGCAGGGGACAAGCUGCUGAUUUCUGUCAUCAAAACAUUUAGAGCCAAGAUCCUUGCAACACCAAGCAAAUCUGAGCAAAGAAUGGUUCAAAACGGAGUCGAGAAUGGAAUGAAUUAUGAUGAGAAGAGAGACAGUAUGGAAGAAUUGAUUAUGCCUGUAUGA